CGAAGGAUGCCACCGCCCGCCUCUGCCUACUCAGGUUGGUGAUAUGACUCGCGAUUGCCAGACCGCACCUAUCUAAGUAUCAUUCUAAACACUCUCCGUUUCACGUGGUCGACCAAGCCCACCCGUGAGGGCAGCGGGAGGUGGGGGCGUGUUCUGGUGUCUUUGCUGUUAGAUUAGCAGGAUAUUUCCGACGAGCAGAAUUUGGAGCGGCGUGGGAAGGUAGUAGGAUGAACGCGGGUUGGUGCGUUGUCGGGUUGGUAGUCAGUCUCUCACAGCCCCUCCUCUGUUGACGGUGAAGAUAACAGACAUCGCAUUCGUUCACCGGGAGCAGGAGGGCAGGAGAGAGGAUUGCACUCUCGCACCCAACCUGCUGCUGCUGCCGCCCUCAGCUGCGCGUAUCUUUCCGCCUCUUCGAACAGGGGCUAAUAUGAGGAAGCCUGUUGGUGUGCCCGACCCAGGAAGGCAUCAAGCUCCUGCUGACUCUCUCUAAAUCCUCCAGCUGUCCCGUCAUGCCUUGCUCCCCAUAGACCCUCCGGCUCUCAUAACCACACGCUACAACGCACACACACUCACUGAAGUCCCCCCCACCCCCACCCCACGCAGCCCUCACAACACACACACACACACACACAGUAGCCAUGGGUCUGGACACGGCAUCACAUGAACCCCUGCUGAGCGCAGGGUGCAAAAGGCAGCGGUACCUACACAUGCGCAGGAAGUUGAGACCGCUGCGGAUCGCCGGCUUCCUUCUGAGUCUGGCAGCAAUAAGCACAGUCCCUUUCGCUCUGGGUGCCUUCCCGUCGGCCUUCGGCACGCACCCUUCGCUGGUCUCCUCUUCCUCCUCUCUGUUAGGCGGGGCGCAGGUCCUCCUCGCGGACUCGCCGCACAGGACUUUGCUGUCCACUGACCACUGGCGCUCGGGCGACAACGCCUCGGCGGAGGACUCGCCGGUGGCCAUGCGCUCAUCCGCGGCGGACGGCAACGAGUCGCAGGGCGAGUACCCGCAGGACCUGUUCACGCUGGCGGAGCGGCGACAGGGCGCCGUCCUGCUGCACAUGUUCGGCAUGCUCUACAUGUUCAUCGCCCUGGCCAUCGUCUGCGACGAGUUCUUCGUGCCGGCACUCACCGUCAUCACCGAGAAGUUUGGCAUCUCCGACGACGUGGCCGGCGCCACCUUCAUGGCGGCGGGCGGCUCUGCCCCCGAGCUCUUCACCUCCGUCAUCGGCGUGUUCAUCUCCCACAGCAACGUGGGCAUCGGCACCAUCGUGGGAUCGGCCGUCUUCAACAUUCUCUUUGUCAUCGGGAUGUGCGCGCUCUUCUCCAGGGAGAUCCUCAACCUCACCUGGUGGCCGCUCUUCCGCGACGUCUCCUUCUACAUCCUGGACCUUAUCAUGCUCAUCGUCUUCUUCCUGGAUAACUACAUCACCUACGCGGAGAGCCUCGGGCUGCUGUCGGCCUAUGCCUCGUACGUGAUCUUCAUGAAGUUCAACUCCAACAUGGAGUCGUUUGUCAAAUCCUGCCUGAACCGGAAUCAGGUUGUGGAAGUGGAGGCCCCACCAAAGCAAAGCCCUGUGAGUGCAGAGGAUGAGAGCAAGCUAUCGGCAAGACCUCGGCUCCAGAGAGGAGGAAGUUCCGCCUCCCUGCACAACAGUCUCAUGAGGAACAGCAUCUUCCAGCUUAUGAUACACACUCUGGACCCUCUCAGUGAAGAAUUUGCUGACUCUGAACUUGGGACUUAUGGCAAGCUAAAAUACUAUCACUCAAUGACUGAGGAAGGGAAGUUCCGAGAGAAGGCUUCCAUCCUUCACAAGAUUGCCAAAAAGAAAUGCCAAGUAGAGGAUGCCAAUGGAGUUUUGGAUAAGAAUCUGCCCAACAGCUCCAGUGUUGAGGUGGAGGUCACCCCCCCAAUGAACGGCACGGCUGGACAGGAUGGAGACGCGGGUGAGGAUGAGGAAGAGGAUGAUCAGCCCCUGAGCUUAGCGUGGCCCGAGACUAACCGCAAGCGUGCAGCGUACCUGUUCAUCAUCCCCAUCGUAUUUGUGCUCUGGAUGACACUACCUGAUGUCAGAAAACAGAGCUCUAAAAAAUUCUUCCCGAUCACGUUUAUUGGAUCAAUCUGCUGGAUCGCAGCCUUCUCCUAUCUCAUGGUGUGGUGGGCACACCAGGUGGGCGAGACGAUUGGGAUUACAGAAGAAAUCAUGGGGUUGACCAUCCUUGCUGCCGGGACCUCCAUCCCCGAUCUCAUCACCAGCGUCAUCGUGGCGCGAAAGGGACUGGGGGACAUGGCUGUGUCCAGCUCCGUGGGGUCAAACAUCUUCGACAUUACCGUGGGGUUACCGUUCCCGUGGUUGAUGUACUCGUUCAUCCACGACAUGGCUCCGGUGAAGGUGAGCAGCAACGGGCUCUUCUGUGCCAUCGUGCUGCUCUUCAUCAUGCUCCUCUUCGUCAUCAUCUCCAUCGCCGCCUGCAAGUGGAAGAUGAGCAAGCUGCUCGGCUUCAUCAUGUUCCUGCUCUACAUCGUCUUCCUGGUGGUCAGCGUUAUGCUCGAGGACAAGAUCAUCUCCUGCCCGGUGACCGUCUGAGUGGGGGAGUCGCACACACACACACAGACACUUAUACAUACACAGACACACACACACACACACACACACACACACCUCACCUCCACUCGGAUUGUAAGACAACACACACACACACACACACACCUCUUCCAAUCAUAUUGUAAGGCAACAAACACCCAUACAUAAAAGCACACACACACACACACACACACACACAACAUGCAUGCACACCACGCCUCCAUUCAUAAUGUAAGACAAUACACAUGUACACACACAUCGACCCCUGAAGUGAAGGCCUCACCUCCCCAUCUCCUGACUCCUAACAGAGCUCCCUUCUUGAGCAAGAGAAAAGCCCUUUUGGAGGGGAAGUGCACUUGGAAGGGGAAGGGUGUUUGUUUGUUUGUUUUGUAUUUUUUUUUGACUGGAAGGGGAUUUAAAAAUGUUUGGUUUCCACAACAUUA